CCACGCGCGCGAGAUCAUGCUAACAAGCGGCUAACCAACUGACACUGAUCAACAGACACCGAGCAGCUCCGCAGCUGAUCCUGAUCCGGACUCUGUCAGACUGCCUCACUGCAGGUCUCGUAUCCCCGCUGCAGGUCGCGUUCAGAGCCUCUGACUCCCGCUCAGAUGCGGCUCCGUGCGGGAGUCUGCUCUGUUGUUGACAUCCGUGACGAGCACGGGCGUGUGUUGUGUCCGUAGCCAUCAGAGCUAGCGUUACUUUGUUCGCGGAAGUUUUCUCUCUGGUAUGCAUUCAAACAUUUAGCUCGGUCUGACUCGGCUCUGGAGCCGGACUCCUGUCACUUUCAGUGUUUUUGGUUUGCGAUGAAGCUCCAGUGUGAUGUCGAGGUGGUGAAUCGGAUGCUCCCCACGUUCGGGAUGAAGAGUCGGGGCAAAGGGACGAGAGCUGUGCUCUCCAUCGGGAAACACACGGACAAGACGAGCCAGCGCAGCAGCGUCUACAUGAUGAUCUGUACGGCCAAAGACCGAGCAGGCUCCAAGUACAAGCUAAAAGACAACAUAGAGAAGUUCUUCACUUGGUUUGUGGAGGAAGGCAAGGCCACAGUGAGACUAAAGGAACCCGCUGUUGACAUUUGUUUGAGCAAGGCUGAUGCCAACAGCUUAAAGAACUUCCUGUCAGCCGCUCGCUUGGCGGACAGAGGAAGAGACGCGGCCAGCCUUCCCCUCUCCACGCUCACUCCUGUUCGCGCCAGAGACGUCGAGCAGCCCAAGAAGAAGCUCACCAUCACGUCCAAGAAGGACUACCCCCUCACGUCCAGCUUCCCCUACUCCCUGGAGCAGCUGCAAGUCUCCUACUGCAAACUGUCACGGGUGGACAUGCGGAUGCUGUCCCUUAAAGCUCUCCGCAAGUUAGACCUCAGCAACAACCACAUCAAGAAGCUCCCUGCCACCAUCGGUGACCUCAGCUGCCUCUCUGAGCUCAUCCUCCACAACAACCACCUGGAAGCUUUCAGCGUGGCCCUCUGCCUGUCCACCCUGCAGCGGACUCUCCAGCUCCUGGACCUCAGCCAGAAUCAACUGCAGUCCCUCCCCGCUCAGUUCUGCCAGCUCAGAGAACUAGUGAACCUCAAACUGGACGACAAUGAGCUCGUCUGUUUGCCGUUCCACAUUGGGCGGCUUUCAAAGUUGAGGUUCUUGUCAGCUGCGCAUAACCAGCUGGCCAUGUUGCCCAGUGACUUCCGUAGGCUGAGGCUGGAGAACCUGGACCUGUUUGGAAAUCCGUUCGUCCAACCGAACUCUCUGGACCACACAAUGAAUCUCACAUUCCCACUUCCACUUCAGGAGAUGGCCUCCAGAGCUGUGGCUAACCUCAGGAUACCAUACGGACCUCACCUCAUCCCCGCCCACUUGUGUCGGGACCUCGAAGAAGGCAAGACCUGCGACUGCGGCCGUGUUUGCGUCAGCUUCUACAUCAAGACGGCGGUCAGCAUGAACCUGCACCAAGUCUCCCACACGGUGGUCCUGGUGGACGACAUGGGGGGCACAGACGCACCUGUGCAGCAGCACUUCUGCUCCCUCUCCUGCUACUCUGAAUUUUUAGACAACUCCCUCCAGAGAGGAAUCAGAUGAAACACUCUUUUUUUUCCCCCAUUCGACAGGAAACAAACCAACAGCUGGAAAUUGCUGCGGAUUUUGCAAUAGACUGCGAGCUGUGAGACGUUGUAGGAGAGGAAUCUGCAGUAGUAAACAGCUCAGCGGUGCAGGUUCCUGCUACAGCCUGAGACUCUGUUAAGCUUUGUUUUUAAAAGCGCUUCAAGCUGCCUGUUUUACACUUGUGUUUGACUUCCCACACAUCGCAAACGGUGCAAGACAUGACAAGACACUCACCUUUCGUACCUGCUCCAUCUGUAACCGAGUGACACUGACAUUAUGUAACUCACAGCAACACUGACACAAAACGAAACUUACCCUGUGCUGCUGGUCACACGUCAUCUUUUUCAUUCUCCCUGCCCCUUAAAGCAAACUGCAGGUUGGUUCACCCACUGACCUACUUCUGCUCAGCAGGGGAAUAAAGAAAUUAGAUAAAUUUAAGUUUUUCUCCUGAACUCAGU